AUCUUGAAGGACUUUAAAUUGGCCUUUCAACACAAUGCGCUAUAGAAAAAUGUACCUGCCAAAUUACUGUUUACACAAACAACCUGUUAAAUCAACAAUGAAUCUAUUAAAUAAAUUUCACAAUUUCUCAGCCUCAAUGAUUCACAAGAUUCUAUGUAAAGUGUGCUUGUACUACUUGGUGUAGCGUAUACAAAUCUAUAAUUUGUGUGCUGAGAAAGACCUGAAAAGGAGACAUCCAUCAUGACGCAUGUAGACAGCUUAUAUUCCUUUAAAUCGCCACUGACAACGCAAAAAGUUCUGUUGCAACAUUUUCCAAACGCUUUUAGAGCAGCAGUGUACCUACUCUACAUCUGUUAAUAAAGUGGUUACCAAACAAAAACUGGACCAAACAAAAGUCUCCUCAUCACAAUGUGUAACUGACAUGGCGGAAGGUUGCGAAGAAACCGAGAGCAAUAGUAGCAAUCGUAACGCUGAUAACGCACCCACCAUGUUGGGCACCGUUUUGCCAUGCGAAGCUGCCAUAACCGCCUCUCUGGGUGUAUCGGGUGGCGGUGUUAUGAAACGUGAAUUUGUCGAUGCCACUAGUGUCUUGGGUGCCCAUCUAACAGCCAGUGUCAGUUUAGCCAGUCCCACCCACUCGAUGGCCUCACCUUCAAUAACAACAACUACAACGGGAUCAAAUCAUAUACCCACCUCCACCACCAACAAUCAGAGACUUACACCCACUCCUAACAAAGGCAAUGCAGCAAACUCUUUGGGUCCCUUAGUCUGUUCCACCUCUGCCCUGCUUUCUUCUUCAUCCUCGUCAUCAUCUUCUUCAUCGUCGUCUUCGUCGAAUUCUUCCUCAUCUUCCUCAACUUCAUUGAAUACAUCAACAACGGCUUCUUCAUCUACUACAGCGGCCAUAGCAAAUAAUUCGAAUACUAAUAAAUCACCUUCAUCGUCACCAUAUUCUAGUGCAGCCAUUGCUUCGUUAAGCGGUAUAUCGCCAAAUUCUCCCGGCAGAGCUACUCCUGGUCAUAAUAGUAAUGGUAGUUGUGGUCUGGCCACCUCUUCGACAAAUGUAACAACAACGACAGCAAAUGUUGCACCACCAGCUGCAGUAGGAGCAAUAACUCCUACCUCAACACCAGCACCUUUAGUUACGGCCAAUAAUUGUUCGUCACCUACACAUGUUGAUGUAGCAUUGAAUAUUAAAACAGAAGCGGAUUAUGACAAAGAAAUACCACCUCAUAAGAUACACUCACCCCUGGGUAAUAGUAUCGCGGAUAUGCCUCUGCAUUAUGCCACCGAUGAAAAGGAUCAUCUUAAGGAAUUGGAAUUUUAUAAAAAUUUAGCUAAGGCCGCCUCAUUGGCCUCACAAAAUAAUAAUAAUAAUAACAAUAACAACAAUAGUAACAACAAUAAUAAUUUAAUAAUUAAUGAAAAAUCACCUUUACCUCAACAUUCAAAUAGCCAUCAUCAUAAUCAACAUCUGCAAAGUGGUAAUAGUAAUAGCCAACAAUUACCCUCACCUGCUACAUCACCGCAACCUAUGCAAAUUGAUACGGAACAACAUUCGCAUCAUCUUACGAUAAAUGAUGAGGAUAAUGAUCAACAGGAUCAUCAUCAUCAUCAGCAGCAUGAGAAAAGACUUGAUGAUGAUGUUCAUAUUUUGACUGAUACUGAUGCUGAAAUGGUGGACGGUCCCACAGAUCAGGCUAAAGCUUCGGCUUUAGCUGCAGCAGCUGCGGCAGCACAAGCUCAUCUAAACGGAACUAUGCAAGAAAUGUUAAAUUUACAAAAAUUACAAAAUCUUUCAACAUUUCAACAAGAACAAAAUGUAGGCAAUAGUGCAGCCACGGCAGCAGCCUUAGCUAGUUUACAGGGUUUGGCCGCCGGCAUAACAGUCAGUGCGGCAGCAGCUGCUCUUAACUCACCCUUAAACUUAAGUGUAGCCAGCAAUGGUGGUCUGCCACAGAUGGCCACGGAUCUUUUGAAUUCGCAUAAAGCCAUGACACAAUGCGCCAGCGGCAGUGCGGGUAAUAGUAAUAGUGGUGACAAUCAAAAUACGACAGGAUCCUCUUCACCACAUGGCAAUAACGCGGGCAUCAACUCAGCCGGUGGACAAUCAGCUUCUUCUACACAAAAUACUCUAGCCAAUGUUUUAAAUAAUGCAGCAGCAGCGGCGGCGGCAGCUCAGGGUACAGCAGCUACCGCCUCACCACCUCCUCAGCUGCAAGCACCACCAGCCAGUAACCAAAUGCCUCAGUUAAUAUUAGCCUCCGGGCAAUUGGUGCAGGGAGUGCAAGGCGCUCAACUAUUAAUACCCACAGCUCAGGGCAUAGCUGUGCAAACCAUACUCACCAUACCAGUUAGUCCACAAAUCAAUACCAACGAACAAUUUCUUACGAACUUUGGAGCCUUCACUGGCUUUCCUCCACAACAGCCUACACAGCCUCAAAUGUUAAGCUCUUCGUCGGCUCAUUUACCUUCGCCUUUGGCAGCACUUCAUCAACCACCCACCUUGCCUCAGCUUGCCCAAGCACCAACGAAUAUACUCAAACCAAAUCUAUUCUCCAACGGAGUGCAACAGCUCUUGGCUGCUUUGCAUCCAGAGUUAUUUGCAGCAGCUGCAGUCAAUCAUCAUCAUCAACAACAGCACCAGCAACAACAACAGCAGCAGCAUCAACAACAGCAGCAACACAACCCUUCACAGCAUGGUCAAGCCAUGUCCAGCCAUCAUCAUGAUUUACACUUGAGAACGUCGAAUGAAAGAUCCCCGCCUUCUUCUCCCACAAAUAGUACAAAAGCAGCUGCUGCGGCCGCGGCUGCUGCAGCAGCAGCUUUUCAUCUGCAGUCUCAGUUGCACAUAAAACCUGAGACCCAACCACAUUUACAUCCUCAUCAUCAUGCUGCUGCGGCGGCGGCAGCUUUACAUCAUCAUACUCAGGCUCUUAGACAUGCUGAAGGUUUGGCUUCACCUAAAUUGGAGUGCAAACCUAAUGUUCACUUAACAGCGGAGACAUCUUCGAAUUCACCUCCACCCUUGGGUAGACAUCAAUAUGGUGGCCACCAUCGUUUGGCAGGCUCCUCAUCGUCGCCUCGUCCUUCGUCCUGUGCUUCCAGCAGUAUGACCUUAAGAGAAAGAGAGUCACGUGAACAACAUUCCAUGAAAAUGAGUCCUUUACGCUGUGGCAGUGCCUCGGGUAGUGGCAUGAAUUUGAGUCAACUAGGCAGUGAAAGAGAAAAGGAACGUGAAAGGGAAAGAGAGCGUGAUCGCGAUAAGGAAAGAGAACGUGAACGCGAAAGUCAUCGAGAGCGAGAUCGCGAUAGAGAUCGUGAGCGUAUCAGAGCUGCUUCACCUGCCACCUUAAAUGCACGCAGUGCGGCCGCUUCACUGGCUAAAGAGGCUUCAAAUGCAGCUGCAAAUGCUGCCAACUCGAAUUCAUCCAUGACAUCCAAUUGCAACGAAAGAGGCUUUUCAUCUCCAGUGGGCUCUAGCUCGGCCAGCCAAAUAUAUCGUACACAUUCUCCCCACCUGUCGCAUCAUUCCCUAAGCCAACAACCUUCACAUACACACCAAAUAUUAGACUCACCGCCACCCAGAGAUUUUCUAGGCAAUGGAGUGGGUUUAAUGUCGGCCUCCUCAGGUGCCACUACAGCCACUUCAACAACAGCUAAUGUACUUAGUAAUAUAAAUAGACUCUCCUCUUCGAAUGGUGAAUUGAGUAUAACAAAAUCCCAUGGUCCACCAACUGCCACCGCUACACGAGCCUCCUCAGCCUCACCCACCUCUCCUGCGGGACCAACUACUAGUUCUCUUUCAAAUCCUUCCUCCUUACAUCAUCAUAAUCCUCAUCAUUCUAUGCAUUCCAUGAAACUAAGUCCCACUACCAGCGCGGUGCUGCAUCAACAACGUGAAAGAGAGCGCGAAAGAGAACGUGAACGUGAAAGGGAGCGUAUGCAGCAGGAUCAAGUACCACCACCGCCUAUGUCACCCAAUGGCACGGAAGGUUCAAUGGGUGCCCAUGAUUUACUAAUGGAUUCACCGAACGAACCCACUAUUAACCAGGCCACCACCAAUAUGGUCGAUGGCAUCGAUUUAGAUGAGAUUAAAGAAUUUGCCAAAGCUUUUAAAUUGCGUCGUUUAUCAUUGGGCUUGACCCAAACUCAGGUUGGUCAAGCUUUGUCGGUAACAGAAGGUCCCGCCUAUAGUCAAAGUGCCAUAUGCAGUGCAUUAGCUGCUCAAAUGUAUGCUGCUCAACUAUCGACCCAACAACAAAACAUGUUUGAAAAAUUAGAUAUCACACCAAAGAGUGCUCAAAAAAUUAAACCCGUUUUAGAACGUUGGAUGAAAGAGGCCGAAGAGAGUCACUGGAAUCGUUUUAAAUCUGGCCAAAAUCAUUUAACCGAUUAUAUUGGUGUGGAACCGUCGAAAAAGCGCAAACGUCGCACUUCAUUUACACCGCAAGCUUUAGAGCUUUUAAAUGCUCAUUUUGAGCGUAAUACCCAUCCAUCGGGUACCGAGAUUACAGGUCUGGCCCAUCAAUUGGGUUACGAACGCGAAGUUAUACGUAUUUGGUUUUGUAAUAAGCGACAAGCUUUAAAGAAUACUGUGCGUAUGAUGUCGAAAGGAAUGGUUUAAAAUUCAAUGAAUUACAACUGGUAACAGUAAGAAAAAACAAUAACAACUAGUUUGAGCUUUAAGCUGUCUUAAAUGAAAGGAGCUAAAAAUGAAAACAACUUAAAAGGAAAUAGAUGUUAAAGCUUUAAAACAACAACUCUAAAUUGUUACCUAAGUUGUUACACAAGAAAAAAAGCUUAAAGCUUUUUAAAAAUGUAUAUAAAGAGAUUUUAAUUAUAACAAUUUCUAUAUAUAGUUAUAAUAAUAUAAAAUUAAGCAAAUAAUAUUAAGAUAGUUUUUUAGAUUUUAAUAGA